UCUCUUACACACACACACACACACAACAGAUUGUUGUUCAGCAGAGGACCGAUGUUCCUGUGAACCGGUUAAGCAACAUCUUCACCAUUGGAGUCAUGAUAUUGCCAGUUAUCGGUAGGUGAAAGACAUUCAUUUCAUCUCUGCUUCAGUGAACUUUGAGCUUCUUAUAGUUUGUUUUGGUUAUGGAAGUCCAAGUUUUUCUUGGGUAUAGUAGGCUUGUACUCUGAGCAAAAGCAGAUGACUUCAAGAAGCUGAGAAUGGAAGGAAAGCGAGAAUUUACUGUUGUUCUCAAAUGUAUCCGCUUAAGAAACCGUCUGCUCUGAGCAGCGGCGUCGUCAUGAAGAAGAUGGAGGUGACGCAGGUCUUCUCUCCGCAUUUCAAAGACCUGUGGGAAGAAUGGGAGCUCCGCGGUGUCGUCUUCGUCAGCCUCACCCUCCAAAUCCUGCUCAUUUGUAUGGGCAAUCGCCGCAAAUACAUCCACUUUGCCUGGUUCAGGGGGGUCGUUUGGCUGGCCUACCUAAUGGCCGAUGCGGUCGCAAUCUACGCGCUCGGCAUAAUCACGAACAAGCUCACGAAGUUGAACAGCCAAAGUGUGGACGCGAAGACCCGGCUGAAUGCCUUCUGGGCGCCAUUCCUCUUGUUACAUUUAGGAGGCCCCGACACCAUAACUGCAUAUGCCCUAGAAGACAAUGAGCUCUGGUUGCGGCACUUGUUGUCACUAGUCACCCAAACUGGAGUUACAUUUUAUAUCUUCCUGAUGGCGUGGACCGAGCUGAAUAUGUCCACCCUCUCUGCUGUGAUGAUUUUUGCCGGGCUCGUCAAGUAUGGCGAAAGGGUUUAUGUGCUCUGGACUGCCAGCAGUGAGCAGUUCAGGGACUCCAUCCCUGACCCUCCUCCUAAUUAUUCCAAGAUAUUGGAGCAACAAAAGUUGAUGGAGGCCGAGGGCUACGAUGUCAUACUGCACGAAGUGAUCGAGGUCCGUGAUGUGAUUUUGGAAUACAAUGUGGAUGGUGCUGCUGAUUUUUCCCGUGAAGAGAAAAGCCUUAAUCCGGAGCAACUUUAUAAGCGUAAGCAACGAGAAUUGCUUGCAGCCAGAGGCUUGGUCAACAUAUUCCAACGCCUUUUCGCGGAUCUCCUGCUGAGGGAAGAGGAUCGCGACACAAGUCGGUCGGUGCUCAAGGAUAUGAAUUUCCUUGCAGCCUUCAAUAUCAUCGAGAUUGAAUUGGGAAUCAUGUACGAUUUGCUCUACACGAAGGCCAAGGCAAUCCAUACUAGUUGGGGCUUCGCUCGUCGCAUAACUGGAUUUUUUCUUAUCUGCAUCGUAUUGGUACUCUUCAUCCUGAUCAAGGAUCAGCAUUACUCAGUAGCUGAUCUUUAUUUGACCUUUAUACUGCUAGCAGUGGCCAUAUUCCUGGAGAUUUAUGCUUUGGUUGUUCUUCUUUUCUCCGAUAAGACGGCUCGUUGGUUGAUUAAGGAAAAGAAAUUUGCGGUCUUGGAUUUCAUCAAUCGGGUGCAACCGCUUACUAAACGGCGCCGAUGGUCGCGUCACAUGGCUCAAUUCAGCCUAUUGAGCUUUGCGAUCAAAGAGAAGCACCUUCCUUGCCAUCAAAUCCUCGAAUUUCUCCACAUUGAUGAGAAGGUCGAGAAGCUCUUUUACAAGUAUCACGAGAAAGUGACCGACGAUCUAAAACAGCAUAUAAUGUCGCAUUUGAGAGACCUAAAAGAAGAAACGCAGCCCCCACAGAUCACCAGAGGAAGCCGGGUGCUCAAAAAAUUUGAAAAGUUGGAUGUUUUCAGAUGGAGCAUCGAGUUGGAGUUCGACCAAAGCAUUCUCAUUUGGCAUAUUGCCACCGAAUUGCUGUGCCACCUGGGAAAAGGAGACAGUUUGACAAACCCUCCUCAGUCCGAAGGCAACAUCAAUGAGAGCAUCAAACCGACAUCCGAGAUCAGCAAGUGCUUAUCUCGAUACAUGUUGUACAUCCUUGUCAUGUACCCCAUGAUGCUGCCAACCGGGAUCGGACGCAUCAAGUUUCGGGAAACCUAUGUCGAGGCCAUGAAAUUCUUCAACGAGUUCCACAAGCCAGACAAGCCCAAUGCAGCUGCUUCCCACAACGACGGAGACAGUCAAGGUUAUAGUAAUUACGUGAUGAAAUGUGCAGCAUUCUGCUCGAGUGCUUGGCAACAUAUCAACAACUUGGUGAAGGGCAAACCCGACUUAACUAGUGCCUACAAUGAGCUGCGGAAGCAGGUGAAAACAAAUUUGAAUUUGACGGUCGGAAAGGGAGACCGGAGCAAGUACGUGCUAUUCCACGGGUGUCGGCUCGCGUCGCAGCUCGACGAGAUCAAGAAUGAGCAGGAUAAGUGGACGAUAAUAAGUGGCGUUUGGGUGGAGAUGUUGUGUUAUGCAGCGAGUAAGUGCAAAGGGAGUUAUCACGCACAGCAACUGAGGAGAGGAGGAGAGCUUCAGACUCAUGUCUGGCUCAUGAUGGCUCAUUAUGGCUUGACUGAUCACUUCCAGAUUCCACAUGCCCCCGCUAUAGCUGAGCUGAUUAGGCAGUAGCACAACACUUUAGCAUGCUG